AUGACGACAACAACGACAUACCAAGGAAUGGAGCCCGGUGCUAAAAACAGCUCCAGGGUUCUGCGUCCUCCCGGCGGUGCAUCUAACAUCUCGUUUGGGGCUGACGACGACAAACCUCCCGCCCGCAAAGACAAGAUGGCUUCCAGUGUUUUCGCCGAGCCCGAAGACCCCUACGCUAACCGAAGGAACAACCCGCCGGGUGGGAAGCCGACGGGCGUUCUGUGCGGUGAGUCGUCGGCUCCCCUUAGGAGAGGAGCCACCAAUGCAGUCAACUCAGCAGACGCCCCCUCAAUGGAUGGCGACACGCCUCUAUGGGACAAUGGCUGCGACCCUGUUGAACUUGCAACAGCUCCCGAGCGUGAAGACGACACUCCUCCUGCUGAGGAUCCGUCCACAGGACAACCGUCCGGACGCAGGAAUCCCCCUGGAGGAAAGUCAAGCCUCAUUUUGGGUUGA